AUGGAUCUUCUUGCCCGAGGAAACGACGCUCUCAAAGUCAACCCUAUCACUGGCGUUGACAAAUCACUGACCGUGCAUGGUUCAGACUGGCUAUGGGCUGUCACUGCUAUCUACUGUUUCGCACUUACUUAUCUAACAAUUGGCCUUUCACAGGUCGGCUGUCUGGUGAUGUCUUUCGCCGCAAAGGAAAGCGAGCGGGUCUUUCACUACCUUUUCACCUUCAGUCUCUUGGUAGGUUCUAUCACCUACUACGCUCAAGCUUCCGAUCUGGGCUGGAGUGGUCUCAGGCAGGUAGACAAUCUCGGAAAUGAUGUCAUCCGCCAGGUGUUCUGGGUCAAAUAUGCGAACUGGAUGCUAGCAUUCCCUUCGGUCACUCUUGCACUCGGCCUGAUCUCGGGUGUCUCCUGGACUACUAUCAUCUGCAACAUUUUUCUCUCGCUCUUCUGGGUUGUCAGCUACCUUGCGGGGGCCCAUGUGGCUUCUUCUUACAAGUGGGGAUUCUUCGCCUUCGGUACAUUUGCUUGGCUCAUUCUUGCCAUGAGCACUAUCAAUGAGAGCCGGGAAGCAGCCCAGCUGCUUGGUAUUGGUAGGGAUUAUAUGCUCCUGUCUGGUUGGACGAAUCUCUUAUGGAUCCUCUACCCUGUCGCCUGGGGUUUGACAGAUGGGGGCAACAUGAUUGGCGUUACGGGAGGUUCGAUCUUCUUUGGUGUCCUCGAUACGCUGAUGGUCCCGGUACUCAGCGCUGCCUUCUUAUUCUCCUCCCGGAACUGGGAUUACCGCAAAUUGAGCAUCGCUUUUAGCGACAGCCGACCUAGCCGGGAAACUGAGGCUGCGGGUUUGCUUAAAGACAAUGCGCCUCAGGCACCUGCAUAG